CACCAUAAAGGCAGACGUGUCUUUGUAUACAGCGUGGUGGAGUCUGGAGACUAAAUUCUACAGUCCAUUUAUAAUCUCAAGAUGGACAAAAGAAGUUCUCAUGAGCUCCUGAGGUAAAGUGAGUAGCUCAAAGCUACUUCAGUCCCUGAGGUAAAGGAAACGUGGGCGUGGCUCAAAAGGCGUCAGGUAAAUCCUGACAAAAACAAAUAAAGAAGCUCAUUCUUCCCUUCUUGCUUUUCUUUCCUCUGGGUCAUUCAUAUAUAUUUUUCACUCUUAUGUACCUCAUUUGUCAUAAUGUUAUAAGUUAACGCCACCCUGUUUGCGAGAAAGGCGCUAUAUGAAUGACAGAAUGAUUUUCUUCUCUGUGUAACCAAGUGACAAUGCUAAACCGUUAGCACGACGGCGUACAGUAUGUGUGUGAUGUGGAGCGCUCCAUUAGAUUUCCCUGAAGCUGCCCGUUAUUUUCGGAGGACGCUCCGCCCAGCGACUGGCGAGGGGGAAAAAAAGAGAAGAAAAACUCGCUUUACUUUCACAGCCGGGCUCAUGUUCAAGCUGCUGCAGGCGGACGAAGCUGACGGAAAAGUGUCGAAGUCGGAAAAACCGAGCGAAGUUAUUUAGCGUGCCAAAUAGUAAACAACAUGGCGAGUCAGUCAGCGGAGGACGCAGUAGCGUAGAAUCACUCGCGCUGCCGUAGUCACCUAACUAACUGGGGUGAAGUGUGAAACUGCCUUGAAUUUGCUUUCUGAGGGAGCUUUGAGAUCAUCACUAUGGCAUUUAAGGAGUCUUCGGGGAAAGGGGGAAAAAAAAGCGUGGAAACGGCAACCUUUCGGUAAACAGUAGCGUGAUUGUGUGAGAAGAUGAAGAGUUUACGCGGCGUCGGUUCUCAUUGUAACGGAUUGGACAAGUCUCUGUGCCGAGCAGGACACUUCACGUUAACGGAGGGAUUUCCUCUAAAGAACUACACUAUUAUGUAAAUGUAACAUAAACGUCCCAGGAGGGAAGUGUGGAGGCUGGAGUUGAGGGACACUGGCUGAUUUUGCUCUGUCCUGAGGAUGUCCUGGCGCGUGAAAGGUCGCAUUUACAUGCUUGAGGACGUACUUCCUCAAGUGCAUGUUACACUGCAGUGUUCACUCAACCCUGCAAUACACCUUUAGCUUCUGUUUCCUCUUAAAUGAUCAGCUGUGUUGAUUUUAUCAUGGCAUUGAGGUCUAGAAAAGCGUGGACGAAUGUGAUGGUCGGGCUUUUGCUCGGGUUCACGGCAGCAUCCUGGCUUCUGGUGCCCCGGGUCACUGAGCUCAAAAAGACCUCCGUGUGCUCGCCCUACAGUCUAGGUAAAGUUUCAGAAAUGGUAAGAACCCCUAUAACUAACGACGCCUGGCACGAGAGCCAGCGCAAACCAUCCUCCAGCAGAGAAAGAAGCUACGAAGAGGUGGAUGAGGAGCAAAGUGUGGACAAGCCAAGCCAUGGAGGACCCAUUCCCCAUCCCAAACACUUCCUCUACGUUGGAGUCAUGACUGCCAAAAAGUACCUGGACUCAAGAGCAGUGGCUGUGUAUAAGACCUGGGCACCGAGCAUCCCAGGAAAGGUGGAGUUCUUCUCGAGCCAUGGCUCCGACUCCGUGCCACUUCCUUUCCCACUGCCGGUGGUCUCGCUGCCAGGCGUUGACGAUUCGUAUCCGCCACAGAAGAAGUCCUUCAUGAUGUUGAAGUACAUGCACGAUCACUACCUGGACAAAUACGAGUGGUUCAUGAGGGCGGAUGAUGACGUCUACAUCCGAGGUGAAAAGCUGGAGCUCUUCUUGCGCUCGCUCAACAGCAGUAAGCCUCUGUAUCUGGGUCAGACAGGUCUAGGCACCACAGAAGAACUGGGCAAGCUGGCACUGGAGCCCGGAGAGAAUUUUUGCAUGGGUGGCCCGGGCAUGAUCUUCAGUCGCGAGGUGCUGCGCAUGAUGGUGCCCAACAUCGGCACCUGUCUGAGGGAGAUGUACACGACGCAUGAGGACGUAGAGGUGGGCCGCUGCGUCCGCCGAUUUGGGGGAACCCAGUGCGUCUGGUCAUAUGAGAUGCAGGAGCUGUUCUACGAAAACUAUGAGCACAAGAAAGGCUUCAUUGAGGAACUGCACAGCAGCAAGAUUCACAACGCCAUCACUCUGCACCCCAAUAAACGUCCAGCUUACCAGUACCGGCUGCACAACUACAUGCUGAGCCGGCAGAUCUCGCAGCUGCGCUACCACACCAUCCAGCUGCAUCGUGAGAGCAUGAGCAUGAGCCACCUCAGCAGCACAGAGGUGCAGUGGGAAGACCAGCAGCUAGGUGCGCCCCCUUCAUACGCCCGCUACCAGCCAUCCGAACGAGCAGACGUCAUCGAGUGGGAUUUCCUUAACGGGAGAUACCUGUACUCAACUAGCGAAAAGAACAUGCCUCGACAGGGUCUCGGGAACGUGCUGCGCUCUGCCUUAGAGGACACGGUGCUCCAGGUGAUGGAGAUGAUCAAUGAGAACUCCAAAGUUCGAGGCCGUGUCAUUGACUUCAAAAAGAUCCAGUACGGUUAUAGGAGGGUGAAUCCUCUACAUGGCGCUGAGUACAUCCUGGAUCUUAUGCUGCUCUAUAAGAGGCACAAAGGACGAAAAGUGACAGUGCCAGUCCGGAGACAUGUCUACCUUCAGCAGUCCUUCAGUAGGCCUUAUUUUAAUGAACCUGAGCAGCUAGAUGUAGCUGAGCUAGUGGAGGCAAUCAAUAGUGACUUUCAGUCUUUUUCGCUUCUGUCUAAUUCACUCAAGAUCUUUUACCCUUUUCAGUUUUCAGAGUCUAACAGAGAGAUGCGAGAACAAGGUCAAAAGAAGCUGCACAUCCUCGUACCACUUACAGGUCGCUAUGAUACAUUCGUGCGCUUCAUGGACAACUUUGAGAAGGUCUGCCUUAUUUCUAACCAGAAUGUGAAAUUAAUCAUCAUUCUGGUGGAUAAUGAUAGCAACCAAGACAAGGAGAAGCAUUUGGACUUGAUUAAGGAGUACCAUAAUAAAUAUCCCAAAGCAGAUGUGUCUGUGAUACCAAUGGCAGGAGAGUUUUCUAGAGGUCUCGCCUUAGAAAUGGGUGCCUCUGGUCUUAAUAAUAACUCCCUGCUAUUUUUCUGUGAUGUGGAUCUGGUCUUCAGUAGUGACGCACUCCAGCGGUGUAGAGACAAUACCAUUGAAGGGAGACAGGUCUAUUAUCCUGUUGUAUUCAGCCAGUACAAUCCCAAAAUCAUCUUCGCUGGGAGCCAUACUGAAGACAGCAACUUUGUCUUCACCAAAAAAACUGGCUUCUGGCGAGAUUACGGCUUCGGCAUCACCUGCAUAUUCAAAAGUGACUUGCUAAAAGCUGGAGGUUUUGACACUUCAAUACAAGGCUGGGGGCUGGAGGAUGUCGACUUGUUCACAAAGAUCAUUAACUCUGAUUUAACAGUGUUCCGUUCACAAGAACCCGGCAUAGUGCAUGUUUAUCAUCCUGUCCAAUGCGAUACUAAUCUAGAGCCCAAGCAAUACAAAAUGUGCCUGGGGUCCAAAGCGAGUACGUAUGCAUCUGCGAUGCAGUUAGCUGAACUGUGGCUGGAGAAACAUUUAGGCGUAGCAUACAGGAACAGAACUUCCUCCUGACAUUCCGGCUAUCUGUCAGUGUCACUGGAGAUUACCUCAGUUCCUCAGUACCUGAACGCAAAAGACUGAUUGUGUGUCUGUGUGUCUAAAGUGUAAGCAAGCGUGUGAAAUUCAAGGUACUCUAGCAAUGUUUGGCGCAGCAUAUUUAUUUGUGCAGUCGACUCUUUCACAGCGUCUUCCAAAGGUCAUUUAAGGAAAAUGUUAAUACCAUUUGUUUUGUGCUCGUUGCUGAAAACAUGAAAUCUGCUAAUUUACUCAGGAGCAUAUUUCUCAUCACAUGACCACAGUCUGUGAAUGUUCAGUAUUAUCCUUGCCAUUAAAGCCGUAUGAGAAGUGCUCUUGUUUCCAGGUUAAAGUGGACACAAACACCACCAUGAAUAAAUAAAUUAUUAAUAAAUUAAUAUAUUUCCAUGGGGACAAUAUUAAUGAAAGUACCAUUAAUGUGCUUUAAAGGGGACAGAAGAAAAAUAAAAUGGUCUUUAUACUAAUAAAAUAUUUUUUAUUUCUGCAGUAUUUUUAAAGUUACUGUAACUUUUAUUUUCUAGUUGCAAUAGGAUCAUUAUGUUAAGGUACUGGUUGCCUUCCGACAUUUGCUGUAUUCAGUCUUUUUUUUUUUUUUUUUUAUUUUUGAAGGUCUGCUGCAGCGAACAAAGUGCAUCUCUUAUCAUUUUUUGCUUUGUGACAAAAGUUAAUUUUACAGCAAAUAAAAUAAGCUUUCAGUUGAUUAUUUAUAAUAAAUGUUGAAUUGCAUAAACCUGUGCUGCGUCCCUGCUCAUCUGUAAGUUCACUAGCAGCCGGUACAC